AUGACGUUUUCCUUCUUUCUUUCUUUCUUUCUUUCUUUCUUUUUUAUCGCUUCCUUCCUUCCUUCCUUUCUCACUUUCUUUCUUCAUUUCUUUCUUCCAUCCUUCCCUUCUUUCUUCCUUUCUUUCUUCCUUUCUUUAUCUUUUCUUGCGUCCUUUCUUCAUUUCUUUCUCUCUUUCUUUUUCUUUCUUUCUUUCUUUCUUUUUCUUUCUUUCUUUUUCUCUUUCUUUCUCGCUUUCCUUCCUUCCUUCCUUCGUUUAUGUUUGUUUCUUUCUUUCUUUCUUUUUUCUCGUUUCCUUCCUUCCUUCUUUCCUUCCUUUCUCACUUCAUUUUUUUCAUUCAUUUCGUUUUUCUUCAUUUCUUUCAUUCUUUCCUUCUUUUUUUCUUUCUUCUUUCCUUCCUUUCUUUCUUUCUUUUUAUCCUUCUUUCUUUCUUUUUUUCUUUCUCUCUUAUUCUUUUUAUAUUCCCUUCUCUUCACUGUUUCAUUCUUUCUUUUUUUCGUUUCCCUAUCUUCGUUUGCCUAUCUAUCUAGUCUUUUUUCCUUUCUUCAUAUGUUAUUUUCUUUCUUUGUCGCUUUCUUUGUUUCUUUCUUUCUCGCUUUCUUUCUUUCUCGCGUUAUUUCCUUCUCUGUUUGUUUGUUUCUUUCUUUCUUUCUCGUUUUCUUUCUUUCUCGCUUUCUUUAUUUCUUCAUCGCUUUCUUUCAUUCAUUCAUUCAUUUUUUCUAUUCAUUUAUUCUUCUUUCUUUAUUGUCCUCUUACUCCAUAUUUCUCUUUUAA